AUGAUGGCAAAUCACUUUUUCUACAGCCGACUGAUGAAAAAAAGUCUUGAAAAAUAUAGAAUUUUGUCCAUCGUUGUUAUCUUUACUGUUAUACUAACAGCAUUUUGGGUGAUUAAUAUUGCCAACCUUUUGCAGAAACACACCAGGGCUUUAGAUAACAUUCAAAAAAUGAUUCUUGGUGACUCGUAUAAUAUACAGUUAAAUAAAUAUGAUCUAUAUGAUGAACAGAGUCAGUGUGACACUCACCUUAAAGAUUUAACGGGAUAUCCGGAAUGUUUGUCCAAGAUUGAGUGGUUACGGAUAUCUUGGCAAACUCAUUCAUGUUAUGCUGAGUUAGGAGUAGAUGGAUCAGAAUGUUCAUUUCUUCGUUAUCUUAGUGAGGUUGAAAGUUUCUGCCCAAUAAUGGAUAACCGAAAAUUUGUAAAACGACGUAGAAAAGCUCAGAUAAAUCGAGAACUUAAAGGUCUACUUGAUCUAUUACCUGAGUACAAAAACCAUUUAGUAUCAAACACGUUUAUGCGUGCAAGGCUAAAGCGCAUUUGGCCUGAUUGGCUGGAAGGAAUUCAACACUAUAUAAAUGGUGUUAAUUUUUCGUGGCCUGAUUCACUAGAUCAUUGUAAACAUUGUUCUUCUGAUGAUAUGACUUGCUUUAAUCUUUGUCAGUCUACUAAAAUAACAGGUCAACCGUUUUUAUAUGGAAGACCAAAGCUGAACAUUCUUCUUCAUUUGGAAUUUUUAUCGAAUGCUUUUGGUGAUAACCUUUUCGAAACACAGGUAUCCAGAGGUGGUGCUCUUGGUGAACUUGUUCAGUGGACUGAUCUCAUUGGUGCUCUCUAUAUUCUUGGCCAUAGAUUAACAAUUACGUACGAAGCCACUAAUGCAAAGUCGCUUCUUUCAUAUUCAGAUCAUAUACCAUGUAUGGUGAAAAGUAAUGAGUACGAUUUAGUAUACACAGAUAUAACAGGAUUUAGACAGUUGGAUAUCACACAAAUCCGUACGCCAUUAUGCAAAUUUCGUAUAUUGGAUACAUUUGGAACAGAAGCUCCAUAUAAUCGUAAGGCAGAAAGGUGGGGUGGAUUACAUCUGAAUUUACAACAAUUUUAUACAUUUUUCCCUCAUUCACCGGACAAUACAUUUCUGGGUUUUGUUACGGAAAUAUCCCCGUUUAAAUCUAAAUCUAAUCAAUCAUUGUCUAAGCCUAUUGCUCUUAUCUACGGAAAACAGUCAUACAUGUGGAACAAUAAAACAAAUUAUUUGAGAAUUUUAUCUGAUUACUUUGAAUUACAUGGAAUGUGA